AUGAAUGCUAGGCGAGACACUCCGCAGCUGACCCCUCAGCUGUGUUUCUCGUCUGGGACGUUACGAGACUUCUUACGUCUCUCCCGUUCGUCACUCGACGACUCCAUAUCCCAGCAGCUCAAUGCGCUCGUGCGACCAUCCCGUCAAGGCUUCGACCCGCAGUCAACCGAACGACUUGGACCUAGAUCCAUGACCCAUACCAUCGAGCCCCAAGCAUGUGCGUCAUUCAAGGACAAGAUAUUAUUCCCGACAUGGCAGGUCCGUACCGAAGUGCUGAACUACUGCGCAAUGGUUGCCACGAGUCCCGAUCCCGAUGAUCCUGACACGGCGCUUCGGGAGGCGGAAUCAGAAAAGGAUAGGCAGAGGAUAGUGGAUGAGCGGCUGGACCCUUACUCGGGUCGGUUCUUCCCUAAGGAACCGCGGACGGAGAUGCUUGCGAGCCUUGUUCGGCAGGAAAGAACCGUGGAGAAUAUCGUGCGAAUGCGGACAUGGGGCAUAGUACAAGAGCGAUGCGGAGAGAGCCCCAGCAGCUGGGACGCAGCGUUCGAAGCCUGGUCGAAGAACAAGAGCCGACCCUCCAGCUGA